GGAGCUCACUGGAGCUGAGUACCAGCACCUCAAUGUUCUACUGCUUGAGCUGAUGUUCCUCUUAUAGAAUAUUACCUCAACAGUAUUGUGGAGCUCCUGCAUCUAAAUAUAAACAGUACCCCACCACCUAAAAUGAGUAUCAAACUAUUUCAGUCCAAGUUAAGCACUGAAUUAGAUCAUUGCACAAGAAAAAAAUCAAAUAUAUUUUAAUAGAGAGUAAAGAGAGUGCCGGAACAGUCAAGACAAUAACUUUUUGUCUGUUUCUCAUUGUUACUACAGGACCACUACAAUUAAGUCUGAGUCCGGUAACAUCAACAGUGAGGACAAACCCAGCCUGCCUCUCUCCUUCCACACUGAGUCCAAACCCACAGUCACUGGGUCCUGAUUGUGACAGUGGAGCCCAGUUUGCACUGCAGGAUCCAGAGAUGGCAUCAGUGAAGCUGGAAGACUGCAGUCAAACACUGGAGCUGAAUGUCAACAUUAAAGAUGAAGAAGAGGAGGAGAAGAUUGGGAAAUCUUUUUCUCAUGGAGACCAUGUUGAGACAUUCUCUACAUCCAGAGAGGAACAGCAGGAAGCUCACAGAGCUAAGAGGUCUUACCCCUGCCCACAUUGUGAGGAGAUUUUCCCAUUUCUAUCAAAGCUAAAAGUACACCUAAAAAUACACACAGGAGAGAAUCGUUAUUCCUAUACUGACGGUGGGAAGAAUUUCACGACAUCCAAGGCUCUGACAGUUCAUCAGAGAACACACACAGGAGAGAAGCCUUACAUCUGCUCUGACUGUAAGGCGAGUUUCUCUCUACUGCGCAACUUAAAACGACAUGAACGUAUACACACAGGAGAGAAGCUUUACUCCUGCUCUGACUGUAAGGCGAGUUUCUCUCUACUGUGCAACUUAAAACGACAUGAACGUAUACACACAGGAGAGAAGCCUUACUCCUGCUCUGACUGUGGAAAGAGUUUCUCUCUACUGGGCCACUUAAAAAGACACCAACAUAUACAUACCGGAGAGAAGCCUUACUCCUGCUCUGACUGUGGAAAGAGUGUCUCUCGACUGGGCCACUUAAAAACACAUAAACAUAUACAUACAGGAGAGAAGCCUUACUCCUGCUCUGACUGUGUAAAAUGCUUCACAACAUCAACUGAGCUAAAAGUUCAUAAAAGAACACACACAGGAGAGAAGCCUUACUCCUGCUCUGAUUGUGUAAAAUGCUUCACGACAUCAACUAGGCUAAAAGUUCAUCAGAGAACACACACAGGAGAGAAGCCUUACAUCUGCUCUGACUGUGCGGCGAGUUUCUCUGUACUGUGCCACUUAAAACGACAUGAAAGUAUACACACAGGAGAGAAGCCUUACUCCUGCUCUGACUGUCCGGCGAGUUUCUCUCUACUGUGCAACUUAAAACAACAUCAACGUUUACACACAGGAGAAAAGCCUUAUCACUGCACUGACUGUGAGAAGAGAUUCUACAGAUUGGGCCAUUUAAAAAGACACCAAUGUAUACAUAAAGGAGAGAAGUCUCAUCAGUUCUCUCAGACCAGCUAAUAUUAGACACCACUUAAUUCUUAUGUCAUUAAAUAAUUGGCAACGUUGAAUUCAAUCAAAUGAAGAAAGCGUAGAACACUCUUGUAAUCCUGUUGUUUCUCACUGUGAGAGAACUGUUCAGAGGGAAUGGAGCAUUAUAGAAUAUUAGCCUGUCUUUACUGAUCAGUGUACACCUUGACAGUUUUGGUGAGUUUUGUUAGCAUCUACUGUCAAGAUAUUGAGCUGACCUUGGAUUUGCCCUUAAGGUUGAAUAUCCUUUGUGAGGCUUCUCACAGUGGAGUCUGAUGGUUAACUGAGUGGUACUGCUUCACUCUGCAGUUUUCUGUGGGAUUGAGCUAGUAGACACAACAUGCACUGGGUGUACAAAACAUUAAGGACACCUGCUCUUUCCAUGACAGACUGACCAGGUGAACCCAGGUGGGCUAAGGAAUGAAAACACUGGACACUGGAAAAUUGGAAACAUACUGCCUGGUCUGAUGAAUCCCUGUUCCUGCUGUUUCAUACUGAUGGGAGGAAAUGGUGGAAAAAGUACCUAACUGUCAUACUUGAGUAAAAGUAAUGAUACCUUAAUAUAAAAUGACUCAAGUGAAAGUGAGUCACCCAUUAAAAUACUACUUAAGUAAAAGUAUUUGGUUGUAAAUAUACUUAAGUAUCAAAAGUAAAAGUAUGAAUAAUUUCAAAUUCCUUCAAUUAAGCAAACCAGACGGCACAUUUGUCUUUAAAAAAUAUAUAUAGUACGGAUAGCCAGGGGCAGACUCCAACACUCAGACAUCAUUUACAAACGAAGCAUUUGUGUUUAGUGAGUCCGCCAGAUCAGAGGCAGUGGGGAUGACCAGGGAUGUUGUCUUUUAGUGUGUGAAUUGGACCAUUUCCUGUCCUGCUAGUCAUAAAAAAUGUCAAGGGUAUUUUGGGUGUCAGGGAAAAUGUAUGGAGUAAAAAGUACAUUAUUUUCUUUCGGAAUGUAGUGAAGUAAAAGUUGUCAACAAAUAAAUAAUAAAGUACAGAUACGCCCAAAAAACUGCUCAAUUUGUUAUUUAAAGAAAUUAUUCUGAAAAAAGGGGUGAAAUUAAAAAAACAAAAAAAUAUAUAAAUAGUAAAGUACAGAUACAACUAAAGUAGAUCUUUAAAUAAUUUUUGCUUCAGUACUUUACACCACUGCAUGCAUCCAUGCCGUGUGUCAGCAUUACAGGCUGGUGGUGUGUUUUCAGGGCACACAUUGGGCCUCUUGAUAAAAGUUGAGCAAUGUUUGAAUGUCACAGGAUAUCUAAACAUCAUUGCCAAUCAGGUGCCUCCCUUCAUGGCAGCAGUUUAUCCAUCUGCAAGUUGUUUUCUUCAGCAGGAUUAUGCCACAAGGUUUGCCCAGGAAUGAUUCCAAGAACAUGACAGGGAAUUCAGCUUACUGUGGGAGGAGAUGGAACGAGCUAUUCGGAGUUGACACCUUGGACAGUCUAUGCACUGAUGAAUUGAAGAUGUUCUGAGGACAAAGGGGGGUGCAACUCAAUAUUUUGAAGGUGUUCCUAAUGUUUUGUACACGGUGUAUAUCAGAUAAAGAUGGGGUGGUCAGUUUUUAGCAUUGGUAUGGGUGUAUUAUUUUAUUACUAAACUUUUGUUUAAUGAUUAACAGACUAUGAAUCUACUACUUGUUUAUUAAAUUGUCUUUAAUACUUGAUUCAUUAUUGUAGUCAUUGAUGAUGAAUGUAUUUGAAAGACUGUAUUGAAGUUAAUUCAUCUGGUGGCAGGUAGCCUAGCGGUUAAGAGUGUUAUUCCAGUAACUGAAAGGUUGCUUGUUUGAAUCCCGAGCCGACUUGGUGUAAAAAUCUGUCAUUGUGCCCUUGAACAAGCCAAUUAACCCUUAUUUGUCCUGUACCCUUAUUUGUCUUGUAAAUCUCUCUGGAUAAGAGCAUCCACUAAUUGUCAAGAAUGUAAUGAGAAAUAAUGUUUGUUCAUACAUUUUUUUUCUCUCUUGUGUAUAAUUAAAUGAAAAACUGUUUGAAGUGAAAUACUGUAUAUACAAUAAACAACAUUACCACUUUGUUUAUCCUGGUCAGAGGGACAGGACCAUAGUAAACUAGACUAUGUAACUGCUGCUGUUAGUAGCCUACAGUCUCCAUGUAGUACAGCAUGUCAGAUCACUAAUGAUUAGGUGUAUAGGCUGCUACAUUUCUGCUUAUGUCUUUUGGGAGUGAUAUGUUACAUUACAUUUACAUUUAAGUCAUUUGGCAGACGCUCUUAUCCAGAGCGACUUAUCAGGCUAAGUAACUACGAGGUACAUUAUUUACCCAUUUCAAUCUUAUACCAACCAACCCUGUGCUUGGUGUGACUGUUAUGGUCAGAACAGACCAUCUGAUAUGCCCUUAAAUAUUAUAAUAUGCAACCUGGAAUUAAAAUGUAAGAGGACCAGUGCUUCUACAGUGAAUCACAUUGUGCUGUUUGAGAUGUUGUUAGACUGCAUUGUAUCAUUUUUUUCCUCUUCUGAGUGCACUGGUGGGCAACAAUGAAUAUUUCAAAUACUUAUUUUCCACCAAAAUUUGUA